AUGUCAUCAGAAUGUUCUAGCAAGUGUUCACACUUAUUUCUUCUACUUCUUCUUCUCUCACACACUGCUUUUUCUGGCAAUAUCGUCACCAACUUACCAGGCUUCUCUGGUGAUUUGCCCUUCAAACUUGAGACUGGGUACACUAGUGUGGGUGACGUUGAAUUCUUCUACUACUUUGUUCACUCAGAGAGCAAUCCUGCUGCUGAUCCUCUUCUCCUCUAUCUCAAUGGAGGUCCUGGUUGCUCUGGCUUGAAUGGAUUCUUUUAUCAAAUAGGGCCACUCAAAUUUGAUAUCAAUAACUACACUGGGGGUUUACCAACAUUGCUCUAUGAACCAACUGCUUGGUCAAAGACCGUCAAUAUUCUGUUUUUGGAUUCACCGGUUGGGACCGGUUUCUCAUACGCAACGACAACUGAAGCUUGGAACACAACAGACACAAAAUCAGCAGAACAAGCUUAUGAUUUUCUCAGGAAUUGGCUUACCAAUCAUUCAGAAUUCGAAACGAAUCCGGUCUAUAUUGGCAGUGAUUCAUAUGCAGGGAUCAUUGUUCCUAUACUUGCUGCCAAUAUAUUUGAAGGAAAUGCAGCAGGACUUAAGCCUAUUGUGAAUCUAAAAGGCUUGUCACUUGGCUGCCCUCACACAGACACCAUUGUCGAAACGAAUGCAAAAAUACCAUUUUCUCACAGAUUGGCACUUAUAUCUGAUGCAAUGUACGAGUCAGCUAAAGAUAGCUGCAAUCAAACAUAUGCCAAUGUUGAUUCAACACAUACAGAAUGUGUAGAGGCUCUUGGUUCUAUAACUGAGUGCAUUGAGUUAAUAAAUCGCCAAAACGUCCUGGAUCCAAAUUGUGCUUUAUUAUCACCAAAAGAAAAAGAAAAUGUUGUUAGUAGAUCUCUUAGGGCAAUCAGAGGAAAAUUUAUCCAGCCACUGCCUAGAUUUGGAGACCUUUAUUGCCAGAACUUCCAAUAUCUGCUUUCUGAUAUAUGGACAAAUUAUAGAAGUGUCCAAGAUGCCCUUCAUGUUCGCCAGGGAAUGAUCCCAGAAUUUUAUAGGUGCAACAUUAGCUUGGCAUAUACAGUGAAUGUGAACUCAGUUCUUUCCUAUCAUCAGAAUCUCACUACCAAAGGCUUGCAAGUUCUGAUUUUCAGUGGUGAUCAUGACAUGAUCAUUCCUCAUAAUGGCAUUGAAGAAUGGAUAAAUUCUCUGGAUUUGACAAUUGACAUCGAUUGGCGACCAUGGUUUACUGAUGGCCAAGUUGCAGGGUACACAAGAAAAUAUACAAAUAACGGAUAUCGUUUAACAUAUGCGACUGUGAAGGGAGCGGGUCACUCACCGCAGGAGUACAAAAGAAAGGAAUGUUUUGACAUGUUUCAUCGAUGGAUUCGUUACUAUCCACUCUAG